UAACAGCUCAUAACCAACACAUAACCUUUGCAUUUUAUAAGCUAACGGUCCACAUCCUGUAAAACCUUUGUGCUGGGACUAUUUAUAACCAGAAUUCUCUCCCUCAAAAUAUUGUCGUCCAGGAGGGAAGAUCCUCAGCCAGAGGACUCUAAUUUCCAGCAGAGAUAGCAUUCCAUAUACUCUUCUGUCUUUGCUUUUAAGUGAUGCCCAAUCAAACAUCAGUCACUGAAUUUCUUCUCCUCGGAGUGACAGACAUCCAAGAACUGCAGCCUUUGCUCUUCGUGCUUUUCCUCGCAGUUUACCUGGUCAUCGUGGCUGGGAAUGGAGCCAUCCUGAUGGUUGUCAUCUCUGAGCCAAGACUCCAUUCUCCUAUGUAUUUCUUCCUGGGAAACCUGUCCUGUCUAGAUAUCUGCUACUCCACAGUGACACUGCCAAAGAUGCUGGGGAACUUCCUCUCCUCACACAAAGCAAUUUCUUUCUGGGGAUGCAUAAGCCAGCUUCACUUCUUCCACUUCCUGGGCAGCACAGAGGCCAUGUUAUUGGCCGUGAUGGCUUUUGACCGCUUUGUGGCUAUCUGCAAACCACUUCGUUACACUCUUAUCAUGAAUCCUUGGGUCUGUACUCAAAUGGCUGCCACUGUCUGGAUCAUUGGUUUUUUCCAUGCCCUGAUGCACUCCAUAAUGACCUCUCGCUUACACUUCUGUGGUUCCAACCAUAUCCAUCACUUCUUCUGUGAUAUUAAGCCUUUGCUCAAGCUGGCCUGUGGGAACACUGAGCUUAACCAGUGGCUGCUCAACACUGUCACGGGGACCAUUGCCAUGGGUCCAUUCUUUCUGACACUUCUCUCUUAUUUCUACAUUAUCAUCCAUCUUUUCUUCAAGACCCAUUCUUGUAGCAUGCUUCAUAAAGCACUGUCCACUUGUGCCUCCCACUUCAUGGUAGUUGUUCUUCUCUAUGCUCCUGUUAUUUUCACUUAUAUUCGUCCUGCCUCAAGUAGCUCCAUGGACCAGGACUGGAUCAUUGCCAUUAUGUACAGUGUGGUCACUCCUGUACUAAACCCACUGAUCUAUACCUUGAGGAACAAAGAGGUAAAGGGGGCCUUGAAGAGGGUGUUCAGAAAUGGGCUUUAACUUUAAGAGAUCUAGAGAACCCUUCUGAGCAUAAAUAAACAGGUAAUAAAAUGUUGUGAUGUGAAAUUGCAUUGCUUCUCAAAUCAUUUACCAUAUAUAUAACAGACAAAACUGGAUUUAGAAAAAAUAAAUAGGAAAAUCCAGUCUAGUUGUGUUAACAAUGCAUUCCUAGGUAAUGUAGGGAAACUUGAACAACUGAUACACUAUCCAUGGAAUCUUAAUAUUGAAUUUUUGUGAGAGAUAUCAGUUGAUAAAGUUGAUUUUUUAUUUAUUCCUUUGUAUUCUUGAAUGAAAUCAAAUAUAGAAAUUUGCCUGUGUCACCCACACCUUGUGUAGUUAGAUAGUACUCAGUCCUGUUUAACUUUCCUGUAAGUUAACAUUAUAAUGUGAGCAAUAAAAUUAUUAGUUGUUAUAUUUUUUUUUCUUUCUUUUUUUUUAUUUUCCCACUGUACAGCA